AUUUAAAUUUAAAUUUAAAUUCAAGUUCGAGCAAAGUUUCCACCAAUAAGUUUGUAAAGACAUUUCAAUGAUGGAUUCCCUUAUAUCAUAACUACAUAAUGGCUUAACAGCUAUCAGCUCGGAAAGGAUCACCAACUGACGUUGUAAAGGACCCGGACCAACCCCUUUUUGGUCGACCCCCUCCCUCGUUUUCCAGGUGGCACGGGGCAUGCCUCGUCGCACCUGUCACAUUUCGCCGGUGGUGAGUGUUUCUCGCGCUCGCCUCACCUGGAAAUUUCAGUUACUCGCACACGGCGAACGCACGCGGCCGUCGAAGGAUAUAUCCCCGAUAUAUGUAAAAAUAGAGAGAUCCGAUUCUGAGAACCGAUCGAACUCCCGUCGACAUGAAAACCCGCCAGUUGCCGGCGACCACGAUGACGGCCUCGUUCCGGGCGAAACAACGGGAUGUGGUGGCAGGCGGUAGGCUGGGCGGGAUUCCCUGCGAGCGGGAGCGGAAGCACGAGGCCGCCAAGCGGGAGCGGGAGGAGCAACUGAAGCGAGAACGGGCGACGGCGGCGGCGGCAGCGGCGGCACAGCGGGUGCGACAGCAUCGCAGGAUGAGCACCGACAGGGAUAUCUCCAAGCGGAGGUUACCAAAUCCCAAGGAGCGUCCACAAUCAGCGGGAGUUGGCAGGACAACCGGAGGUGUAAUUGGAGGUGGAACCCUUAAUUUCCAACAAAUCUUCACCGAAAUAAUACAAUUUCCCUUUUUCGCAGCUUCACGAGGAUCAUCAGCAACCGGAGCUCGCACAACAAGAAGACCUAGAAGAACAGAACCACCAACUCCCUUAGAGAAAGCGCAGGAUCCAGAACAGAGUAAGAUAGUCGAGAAGGACGACUACGAUGCCAAGGCCGAGCGGCUGAAGGAACAGCUCGAGGAAUUGGCCGCCAUGUCGGAACAGGAAUUCGAGGUGAAGUUCCGGCAGUGGUUGGAUCAGGAGGGAAUUGCUCGGGAAAUGCACUCCCACCUGCGGGUGGAGCUCAUCCACUGCUUCAAUAACACGGCUCUGGGUCAGCUUCUAAGCAAAGCGGCUGCGGUGCAGAUGGCCCACUCCCACGCGCUGCUCCUUUCUCCUUUGGCGAUGAUCCUGCACACACUGGUGGCGGAGUUCCUUCACUCCCAGAACUGCCACUUCACCUUGUCGGUGUUCUGCAGCGAGACGCCGCACCGCCACAAAUUGCCCGAUUUCGGCAAGCGACCGGAGUUCCGAUUCCAGCCGGAGGAACUGCAGCAAGUCCUCACCGCGGUGGUGGGCGGCGAGGAGGCGCCACAGGACGUGGAACUGCACCGCAUAGUGGAUGCCCACUACGCGGAGGACUUGGCGGGUCAGACGCAGUGUUUGCUGUUGGCUCUCAUGCGAUCGCUGGUGGAGAUUCGAAGAACAAUUCCUGUGGCGAAAGAGGAGCCGCCUGCAGUGACCCUGCAAGACUCCGGCUGCCAAACGGAGCCGUCUGCCUGCCUGGAAGCCCGCCCCGAGGUGGACACCAGUGGUCUCUAUCAGGCGGAGGAGCACGAGUUGAUUUUGGGCGCCGACGGAAGGAGUGUUUUUGUGGGCGCCCGCGUUUCACAAUCGCUGCACUCCGUGGAGCAGCAACUGAAUCAGCUGAUGAGGAAUCUGCGCCACUUGGCCAAGUCUUGUGCGCCGCCCAUCGAGGUGAUCAACGCCUCAGGGUUCGAGGAUCUCCUAAAGAAGGAGCUGCGCGAAAGGGAGCGUCUUACGAAGGCUGGUCAGUCUUUCAAUCCCAGCGAGGCGGUGAUCAAACUUCCAUCCGAAGAGAAGAAAGCUGAGCCGGUGGCUAGUAGGGGUCAGGAAGACGUGGUCCACUCGGACCUGGGACCCAUCCAACUGCCCGCUCUGGACGUGCCUGUUCCCCGGCUGCCACGCCUCCACCCAGAGCAACUGGCCAGCUUGGCUGUGGUGCGGCAAUCCCUGGAAAAAGUGCAGAAGAAGGCUCGCCGGCCGCAGGGCAGGAUGUACGUGUCCGUGGAGCGAAUGGAGCACCUCAUGACCGACGUCUGUGGAUGUGUCCAGCUGCUGGGCAACGUGCUCAACCUUUCCAUGGAGCAGGAGCACUCGGUGGGCGAGCACAAGGGCUUCAAGGCGGGCUAUCGCGAGGGAUUCGGACAUGGUCACUUCAUGGGCGUGCAGGAGGGCCAAAAGCAGGAGCAGUUCGACAGGCGGAAGCGGGAGAAGCCACCGCCCGAAAAGCAGGAUACCGCUAGUCAAGUGGAGAACCCCAAGACCAGUAGAGCAACCCAAACCACAAGGAAGUCGGCUGGCAAGGUGAAUGUGCACACGCAAACGGAUGAGAAGAUCCUGCUGGAUGCUGGCAAUCAGACCGUCUCACAGUUGGGGGCCGCAAAGAGAUCCUACGAACAGUGGAUCCACGAGAUGCUGCACAGCUCCAGUGGCCAGGUGUUCCUCGAGCGGGUGGAGCUCUCCCUGAACAAGGCACUCGAACUGCAGAAGGCGCGGCUGGACGAGCUCUACCAGGUGAAGCUGCGACACCAGGCGGAGAUGCUGCGACUCAGCAGGCGGCAGAACUCCUGGCGGACUCUCUGCAAACGAGUGGAGCGAGACUCGCAAUCUUCGGUGGAGGCGAAGGAUCUGGUGCAGAAGAUCUUCCGGCUGCUGGACCACUACGAAUCACACCACCAGCAGCUGGCGGAGAAGAUCCAGCAGACGGAGCUCGCGGCGGAGCAGGCGGCCCGCAUCCUGCCCUUGUGGACGGAUGGAUCGGCAGGCGAAGGUGGAGCACCUGGCAACUGGAACUCGGCGGAGACCUCCGAAGUUACCUCCAGCGAGACUUGCUCCCCUCUUCCUGGGAGGAAUGCCAUUGGAGAGCAUCCUGCCGAUGGAAAUCCUGGUGCCGUGAACUUGGACAAGUCCUUUGUGGAACAACACUCGUAUUCCGGAAUCAGUUAUCCCUUUCAACUGUUGGCCAUCGCACCGCCAGGAGAAGUUCCGGUUGCAGGUGCCCUUGUGGCCGUGAAUCCUCGAGUUUGCAGCAAUCCCUUGCCAUUGGUUACUACGACGACCACCACCAGAACCAGAACCUAUCUUAAUCCAACGCCUACUGUACUUCCUGGUAAUAAUCCUAAGGCACCCAGCGAUUCUAAAGUUCAUGCUGUGAAAGGAAGUAGUAAGAAUCGCACUUCUCCUCCUGGCGGUCCUCCACCAAGUAUUUCCAGAGAUGCUGCUACUGCAAGUGGCAGCCUCAGUGCUCCAAAAGAAGAUUCCGUUCCCGAAGGAGGUGGACCACCUGUGGAAAAUGUUUUACCAUCCGCCACUGCAGCCAUCUCACUGCCAACUCAACCAGCCGAAAAGAGCACCACUUCACCAGAACCCGCUCCGCUUCCUCCCGAUCCUGCAAAGCCUUCCAUGCACUCGGUGGCCACCAACACGAUAGCACCACUUCCAAUACAACUUACUGCAGUCAAUAAAUCAGCAAUCAAAUCCUCAAAGGGUCCCAGUUUCGAGGAGGCAUUACUGAGUGCUAAAACGCGCAUGUUGCAGCUGGAACAGGAGAGCGACCUACUCGAGCAGAGCUUUCUCAGCUACCUGGAGAAGGCCAAGUCGAAGACCUCCGGGCAGAAAGCGACGGAGGAGCCCUCGAAGGCCCGGCGAAUCCGCUCCAGCUGCCUGCGAGAACGUGAGCAAAUGAAUCGCACGUUGGACAAUUUCCGGGAUUGGCAUCGACGGGUUCGCAAGGAGGAUGCAGCCAGCCUGGCGCAACUGGAGGAGCUUCAAGUCCAACGCGUUAUCCCAGGCUCCAUGCUGGACUCCAAGGUCUCGUCUCCAUUGGGAUUAUCGGAACAGGAGGAGGAAAGCUAUCCCUUUACGAAUGCCAUUUCCGAGGCGAGAAACAAACUGCUGGGCGAGAUUAUUCCGGAGAGAAGGAGGGAAACUGAGGAGCUCCCGACGAAGAUGCAGAAGGAUUGGCAGGCUAUCGCCCCGCCGGAGAUCCCAGAAGCCCUAAAUCCCGUUAAGCCACCGGAACUGGAACGCCUGCUAACCGAUAUUACUCCCGACAUGACGAGGAGCAGCAGCAAUGGCGAAAUGAGCUUGCUCCUCCAGAAGGCCAAGGAAGCCCUCGGCGUGAGGACGCCGCAUCCGCUCCUGGACUCAAGCAGCAGCAGCUCCAGCAUGGAGUUGCCCCCCGUGGAAGCGAACAAAGCCAGGAGCUCGAAGCUCCAGCAAUCCAUGGCCAAAAUGCAAUUGCUCUUCGGUGGCGGAGAACCAGCGAAACCAAGCGUUGACCCACCGAUUCCCGCCAAGCGAACUAGCAGACCUCUGAGUGCACCCAACCCAGGAUCGGGAUCGGGAACGAAGACGAGGCUGCAACCGCCUCGUCCCCACACGGCGCCCACUCUGCAGACGAUCUGCGAAAAGGAGCCACCUGUCCUCCACCUGGACAUCUCCACUUCCAGCUCGUCGCAGAGCACCACCUUGCCCGGAAGAUCUCCAGUUGAAGCUUUCGAGGAUCUGGUCACGGGCGCGGUGGUCGGUGGCCACCACCGGGAUUCCACUCCGGAGACCUCCUACAGCCAGGCGUUCUGGAAACGCAUGAACCUGUGAAACGAAUAACGCAAAACCUCAAUAAAUACUUGUAAAAAGAAAACAAA